AUGAUGGAUGAUCCAUUGAGUCGGGCAUUACGUGAAGAAGAAGAUGAUUUGAAUUUUCAUCUAAACAAUCAUUCAGCACCAUCUGAUCUAAAUGAUCCUGAUGUGAAUGAAAAAAUAUCUUCAUUAUCAAUUAGCCAUAGUCACAAUGAAUGGAUGCUUCCGUCAACAAAUCAAAACAAAGAAGAAGUUGACAUCGAUUGUGAAAAAACUACAAUAUAUGUUGGUGAUCCAAAAAAGCAUAAAUCAAAUCUUGAUUCAUUCAUAACAUAUUUAGUAACAACGAAAAUUUUUAAUGAUGGCGUUAAAAUAAAUGAAUCAAAUGUACGACGACGUUAUAAUGAUUUUAUUUGGUUAAAAAAUUUGUUGGAUAUUAAAUAUCCAUAUAAUAUAAUAUCACCGUUACCAGCUAAACAUACAUUUUCAAAAAAAUUACAUGCUGUGGCUGAUGAUGGUGAAUUCAUCCGACGACGUAUGAUAGGUUUAGAAAAUUUUCUUCGACGUAUUAUUGAUAAUCCGGUUAUAUCGAUUGAUCCAUCUGUGCAAUUAUUUUUAUCAGCUGAUGAUGAUACUUUACAUUCCGCUCAACAACAAGCACAGCAAUAUCAAUCAACAUCAACUGCACCGAUUAUAUCAUCAAGUUCGAAUCCAUUUCGUCAACCUAUGGGUCGUGGUAAACCAAUACCCAGUGAAUUUUCUCGAACUGAAAAUCAAAUUCAAACAUUGCAAGAUAACUUUCGUAAACUUCAGCGUCUUACUCGUAAACUCGAAUCAGAUGAAGCAUCGGCAAAAAUAGAAGAAGAACAUUUAUUAACAUCAUUUCGACAAUGGUUGGAUAUUGAAAGAAAAUAUGAUGAAAAUGAUUCAUUUAUUAAUAGUGUAUGUGAUGCACAACAAAGAAUUGUUGAGAAUCAUGAUGAGUUGUUAAAAUUUACAGAUACAAAAUUUAUUGAAUCAAUUAAUGAAUACGUUCUAUUUACAAGUAUUGUUCAAGAUAUUUUGAAACGUCGAGCACAACUAUCAGAAAAUGUAAUAGCAACUGACAAUGAGCAAAUGUUCGAUCAACUCACGAUUGCCAAUGAAACUAUUAAAGCUGAUAUUCAGCGAUGGACUGAAUCGAAAGAUAAAGAAUUGAAAGAUGUAUUCUAUUCAAUGGCUAACAAAAAAGUUGAUUUUUACAAUCAAUCAGUUGAUGCCUGGGAGCAAGCAGCCGCAAAAUUAGCGCCAUCGAAUAAUAAAAGAUGA